AUCAACUGUGCCUUCAACAUCAAUGUUGACAAAGUUCGUGCAAGCUCGCAACAGCCAUCGUACUCAAAGAUCUGCUCUUCGUUUGCGAAAAUGAUGCUUCUCAGCGCUGUUGGCUGCGUUCUUUUGAUGUCUUGUUUGGUAAAUGGAGCGGCGAUGGACCAAGAACAGAUUCGUGGGGAACUCCUAGACCGACGUUCACCGACGCUCAGUGGACUGGCGUCUACCGUUCAAACUUUGGAAACGAAAGUGACCCAUCUUUUGAAUAGCAUGAAAGAUCUGCCCUUACUGAAAGGCCGAGACGGGCGUGACGGAAAACCGGGAGCAAACGGACGCGAUGGUCGAGACGGGAAAAGUGGAAGCCCAGGUGCUAAGGGACCACAGGGUGACCAAGGACCAAAAGGGAGCCCAGGACCCGGCGGCGCUCCAGGAACUCCUGCGCCCCGGCCCACGGUGGGAGUGACGUAUACACGGUGGGGAAAGAAAUCCUGUCCAUCAGGCGCACAGACCGUCUACCGAGGUUUAGUUGGGGGGGGGGGGUACGGCCAUACCGGCGGUGCCUCUCAGUACGUCUGCAUUCCAGAGACUGCUCCCCAGUACCUCACGGUCCAGGCUGGUGUUCAGGGCCACUCGUUCAUGUACGGCACUGAAUAUCAGAGUACAAUGAACUUUUUCACACGCAAAAAUAGAGUUCUAGACGAUCACGAUGUUCCGUGCACAGUGUGCUACGUCCCAUCACGUGGUACCAAGAUAAUGGUCCCCGCCCAGUACACGUGUCCCGCGGGAUGGACCCGCGAGUAUUACGGGUACCUGAUGACGUCACACUAUGGUCACAAGCACUCGUCCCAGUUUGUUUGUGUUGACCAGGAUGCCGAGUACAGAUACGGUACAAAACCAAGUGUAGAUGGUGCUUUGUUGUACCCCGUGGAGGGGAGGUGUGGGGCAUUGCCUUGCGGCCCUUUUGUUGACGGGUAUGAGCUGACAUGCGCAGUUUGCACCAAGUGAUCAGAAGUUCAUUGUUAAAAAGGUUAAUAGUGUUGUAAGAUUAAUAAGUGCCUAAAUAAGAUGAUUAAACAAUUAAAAACAAUA